GCCGGGGGACGCGGGGGGAGGAGGGGGCGGGCUCCCAAUCCGGUUCCAUCUGGUUCUCCCACCGCCCCCGCGGCGGGUCGCAGCAGCUCGGGCGGCGGGAGGAGCGGUAGCGGCCAGGCAGCCCAGCUUCGCGAAGGCUCUCGGCGCGCCGCGGCCCGGAGGCACCCGGCACGCGCCCGCCCCGCCGCCACGAUGCCCAAGAGGAAGGUCAGCUCCGCCGAGGGGGCGGCCAAGGAGGAGCCCAAGAGGAGGUCGGCGAGGUUGUCAGCUAAACCCGCUCCUGCAAAAGUGGAAACGAAGCCAAAAAAGGCGGCAGGAAAGGAUAAAUCUUCAGACAGAAAAGUGCAAACAAAGGGGAAAAGGGGAGCAAAGGCAAAACAGGCUGAAGUGGCUAACCAAGAAACGAAAGAAGACUUACCUGCAGAAAACGGAGAAACUAAAACUGAGGAGAGUCCAGCCUCCGAUGAAGCAGGAGAGAAAGAAGCCAAGUCUGAUUAAUACCAUAAACCAUGUCUUAUCAGUGGUCCCUGUCGCCCUUCUUGUACAAUCCAGAGGAACAUUUUUAUCAACUAUUUUGUAAAUGCAAGUUUUUUAGUAGCUCUAGAAACAUUUUUAAGAAGGAGGGAAUCCCACCUCAUCCCAUUUUUUAAGUGUAAAUGCUUUUUUUUAAGAGGUGAAAUCAUUUGCUGGUUGUUUAUUUUUUGGUACAACCAGGAAAUAGUGGGAUAUUGAAUGUGGGAGGCUUUGAUUGUCUUGGGUGUCAGCUCAACAUUCCAUAGAUGGGGUAGUUUUUAUAUCCUAUAAUACCAAGCAUAUUAAAUGGCCAAUUUGGAGUCAGUUGUGCAUUUACUAUGUCUUGAAUAUUUUAAAUUACUUCUAUUCCCAUGUUGUUUUUGGUAGAAUUGUUUCCUAAAGAAAACCACUCCUAGAUCUUGGCUCUUCCGGUCAGAAUUCUUGUGCACUCUGUAACAUCUUGGUCGUGGUAGUCCAGUUUUCCUAGUAACUCUGUUAAUGUGCUGUGCAAGAUUGAGAACUUGAGUAUGUAGUGUAUAUGAUAUUAAAUUGUGAAUUAAUGGGACUUAACAAUGUAACAGUGUAUCAGCAUUUGAAGAUCUUGGUACUUGAUACACUGUUAAGGAAAAUUUGCUUCCAAAUUUUAAGCUGGAAGGUCACUGGAAUAACUUUUAGAAAAGAAUCACAACUACAUGGUUUUUUUAGAUUUUCGGUACGUACAUUAAGAAUUGUGUACAAAUUGAAAUGUCUGUACUGAUCCUCAAAACAACCAAUAAAAACUCAAUUGAGAAAGAAAAAAAAAAAA